AAUCAACCAUUGCAAAUAUUUCAUCAGUAUAUCCAGCAAUUAAGGGAGGACUUGCUUUUGCAUUAACUAAUUCUAAAAUUCACCUUGUUCAAUUUCUAGCAUUAUAUUAUUACUCAACUACAGGAAAUUAUCAUUCUUAUGCAAAGAACCAAUACUGA